UUAAUUGGUCAAGAUUUAUUGGCUGGUGAUGAAGAGAUAAUUAACGGUGCUAAUGAAAACGCAAAGAAGCGAAGAAAUGUGAGGAUGAGGCGGGUCAAGUAAUUUUAUAUUACGUGGUUGAGAUGUCUGUAAGUUGAUUGGGAUUGGCUGAUGCUGGUGAGGAAUAAUAUCGCGUCUGGUUUGCACAGUGAAUAGUGGAAUGGGAUGUCUGGAAUCGAAUAAAAGGUGGAAGGAGGAGCAGAGUUUCGCGCGUUGACUGGAUUAUAAAUUUUUUUUUUUUUCAAAGAGAUUUCUUACAACACAACGUAUACACACGCCAGGAUAAAUAAGUUUUUUGUGAUAAAUUUUUGGAGUUAUCCGUCCGAUUUAUAAAUAUUUGGCAGUAUGUCCGUGAUGGGCAAGCCGGUCCUGUACUCAUAUUGGCGGAGCUCUUGUUCGUGGAGGGUGAGAAUUGCUCUUAAUUUAAAAGAAAUACCAUACGAUAUAAAACCAGUAAGCUUGGUAAAAGCUGGCGGUGAGCAACAUUGCAAUGAAUAUAGAGAGAUUAAUCCGAUGGAACAGGUUCCGGCACUUCAUAUUGAUAAUCAUACACUAAUAGAAUCAUUAAACAUUAUGCAAUACUUGGAAGAAACCAGACCACAUCGGCCUUUACUGCCAGCAGAUCCUGUUAAAAGAGCUAGAGUUAGAGAAAUAUGCGAAGUUAUAUCUAGCGGUAUUCAGCCGCUACAAAAUUUAGUUGUUUUAAUUUAUGUCGGCGAGGAACGAAAAAAAGAAUGGGCACAACAUUGGAUAACGCGUGGUUUUACAGCUGUUGAAAAAUUACUCUCGUCGAGUGCUGGUAAAUAUUGCGUGGGAGAUGAAAUAACUUUGGCGGAUUGUUGCUUAGUACCGCAAAUAUUCAACGCAAGGAGGUUUCACGUUGACCUAAGACCUUUCCCAACAAUUCUGAGGGUCGAUCGUCAUUUAGAAAACCACCCGGCAUUUACAGCAGCUCAUCCUAAUAAUCAGCCCGACUGUCCUCCAGAAGCGACCAAGUAGCAAGCAAGGCAGACCACCCUCUUCUUAUUCUAAUUUAUAAUUAUUAGAAAUAAGAAGUGCUCGGUGGUCCUGAUUUUAUUAUCAAGACCAUUACGAUAGAGAAUAUAAUUUUUUUUUUUUUAAUACUAUUAUAUUUAAACUCAACAAAUUUUACAUUGCAGAAACAUAUUGUAUGUAAUAGUUUAACUGAGUAGUUCACUUACACCAAAGUAUUCAAAACUACGGGUAUCACAACAUAAUAUUAUUGGUUAAUUUUAUUCUCUAUCGUUAAAUUGUCAUUAAUAAAAAAAAAAAAAAAUGAUAAUAAUGAUACAUGGAAUUAGUAGUUGAUAAUUAGACUAAUCGAAAUAA